UCCUUCGUCUUCCAAUGUCCGUAACUCAACUUUUUCCUACUCCUGCCUCCAGUACAUCCAUUACUUAUAAUGCUAUAUCAGGUACUGCGAUUUCCGACGAUCUCAUGAAAUCGUGCGCGCAACUCUUCAGUACCAACUACGGAAUUUGGGGAGAAAAUGCAACCAGUAUCUCGAAGUACAUCAAGCCUGGUCAACCAGUCAAGAUGACUGAUAGCAAGUUGCGAAGUCAAUCUGUAUCCAUUCCAGAUCACACUGUCCUUGUGACGUGUUUUCACCAUGAGAAACUUGUCGGACAUGCCUUCGCUAGUGUCUGGUCUUUUGAAGGAGGUGUGGUCGGGUGGAUCACUCAGCUCGUUGUUGACAGGAGUCUUCGUAGACGAUACAUCGCAACUCAGCUGUUGCAAACCCUCAAGCUUCACCCCUUGUUUCAAAGAGUUACUGUCGUCGGCCUUGUUUCAUCUCAUCCCGCUGCGUGCACUGCUUUAGCAAAAUAUUCCAAUGUUGACGUGCAUGCAGUCGACUUGUCUUUUAUUCGUGAACAUGCGACGAAAGUUCUGGAGGCCUCCCCCGUCGACUAUAUCAAGAGCGCGCAACUUCGUGGUGACCUCUUCCAGGAGAACUCAGACACUGGGGCUGUUUCAUCCGCAUUCACGGAGUUUUAUGUUGAUCAUGCGGAACCGUCGAAGGCGUUGAAACAAUUCAAGGCGAAAGGUAAAUGGUGCUUGGGUGAACUUCUUGAAGGACAUGAAUAUCUUGCUCUCUUUCCCGUGUCGCCUGGCCGGGCCUUGGAGUAGGGCCUAUUGGGACUUAAGCGCAUAAGCUCAAGGUCCGGAUUAAGGUAUGCGCGUGAGAUGGGGGGCUGAGCUGCGACGCUGCUUAUGGGUGCUACAGGGGCUCAAGCUGAAAGUUUGAAGAAACAAUGAGUCAUGUCACUAUUUAUUACUCUCAAAGCUGUAAUGCCAGUGUGAACUAGGUUGACUCUGAUAGCCAUGGCCUUAUCGCGCGAGAUGACAAGUCGACGGACGACAAAGAGCCCAGGGUCCGAGACAUGAUGCAUGACCUCACACCAAGUUGUAAUCAUAGUUGUUCCAUCAGUAAUAGGGCUCCAGCGGACGCAGGCGAUUGGUGGGUGUCAAGUUGAAGUUUGUACCCUGGCACACGAGAACCACACGAGACGCACGCGGAUGCACGAGG